AUGCUACAAAUCCUUAUUGUUUUACUCGGUAUUGUUUUACAAACUGCCGAUGUAGCAAGUGUACACAUUUCUAUUUGCAAUCAAAAUGGAUCCCCUAAUGUGGAGAGCCGACUGAACGCAUUUGGUGACAUUCUGAAUGAAAAAUUGGGAAUCAUUGAACAGCGAGUGAAGCAAUUGGAAAUUCAGCAAAACACAUUUCUUGAAACUUUAAAUGCGAGAUUGGAAAAUAAACCUAUACAUAAAUCAAAAGGUCAAAACGAAGGUGCGCAGUCUUUGGAUAAGAGAACGAAGGAAUGGAAUUUAAGCCCAUCUUACACUGAGGUGGUGGAUCGACUAGAAGCUUAUGAAAGUACUACGGAUACCAAAACUUUUGUAACCGAAAAGUCUGUCGAAGAUCCUGUGAAUUUUGAUUGGAAAACGCCAAACAUUUCUCUAUUAAAGUUUAUAAACAUGUAUUUGGCGAGAAUGAAACAACUUAACCAGGGAAGUACUACUGAACGUACUACUGAAAGUACUACUAAAAGUACUACUGAAAGUACUACUGAAAGUACUAUUGAAAGUGUUAUUGAAAGUACUACUGAAAGUACCUCUACCAUCGAAUCGGAAUCAACAGAUGCAACCGAAGAACCACCGCAGUUUGAUGGUAGCUCUCCAUAUGAAUUUAUGAUAGAUUACAUGUUAAGGGAACUUAAAGACGUGGAGGAAAGUGAUCUACCAAAUAGCAAAUCUUCUCUGCAGGAAUUCGUUAAUAAGGCAAUAGAGGAUUAUAAAAAGUGGAUGAAAUUAGGAGUUAAUUAA